CUCCUUAUGAGCGUAAGGUCUCCCGAGAUAGCUGCGUUGAGAAACUCGGUUUCCCCUAGAUCAUUUGCUUAGGGAAACAACAACAAAUGGAGAAAAACCUAAACGAAAAUCAACAAGAGCUGGCAGGGCUGCGAUUCGCCGGAGACAUGGCGCUGCUCGACAAUCAGAUCCCCUUCUUCAUCCUUGAAUGGCGUUUUAAUUACACAGUCCUCUUAAUCUCCGUAGGCUUUCUAUAUUGCAUGCCUCGACGUCGCUCUGUGAUUCUUCAAAUCGGUGAUCAGUGGGUCACUGCUGAUGACCUCGGGGCAGUCCACGACGGCGUGGACGAAUUUCCCUGGGAUGGAAACGAUUAGAAUGGCGAGCAUGCAGAUCAUGAAGCACUUGCUCCACCUAACCUCACUAGCUACUCACCUUCUUUGUCUUCUUCCCAUCCGAAAGCAAAGGUGAGGUUCGAGAUCUGAGGGUGGCGGCAUUGGUGCUUUCAGUGUUCAUCCCAUCAUGGAGGAGCUGUCCCGAUGGGGAUUUGAGUCUAGAGGAAGAAGCGGGGGAGAGGAAGCUAUGUGUUGUAAGGACUUGUGUUUUGCCGGAGAAAGGAGUGGGGGAGAAGAAGUGGUGGAGAGUGUUAGAUAAUUGGAGGGAUCACUAAUUCUUGUGUAGGAAAUCCAACUCAAGCUUCUUCUUUGUAUUGCUAGUGUACAGAGUAUUUAUAAGCAUACAAGAGAAGUAUACAGACAAAUACAUUUAUUACAUGAUCUUAAAAAAUAUAGAGCAUCAAAUCUUGAACGUGAUUUUGGUUAAUGUGGAGCAUGAAGCAUGAACAGUGAUUUGUGUGGCAAAUGGACAAAUUAACUUUGUUAACACCCCCUCUCGAACUCUAGAUGGGGACAAAGACUCUAACUAGAGUUUGCCAAUUGACCAUGAUGAACCUGAGCAUGAAAAGCUGGAAUGAUGAAGAUGCCAUGAUGAAGAAUGUAGAACUAAUUGUACACUGAACACAACCCCGAUGAUAGGGGCAUACAUAGUAUGCAGAUUGUAGCUUCUGGACCAUCACCUCCUUGGUGACGAGUUGUAAAUCUGAUUACCUCCCCAGUGACAAGGGGCAUAUAUAGUAUAUGCAUAUUUGAACUUCUUGAUUAUCACCUCCUUGGUGACGAGCUGUAUCUAAUCACCUCCCCGGUGAUAAGGGGCAUACUUAGUAUGCGGACAUUAGUACGAAAACAGGACUAACAUCUCAAAGAUGUGUCAUUUGCUGAUGAAAAACUUUGGGCGUGUUUUCAGAAAAACUUCAUGAUUUUAGGUAUCAUAUGGUAAAUAAACUUGUCUGGGAAUGGAAGGAAGGUGACUGAACUUUAAUAACAAGAAGCGAAAAAGGGAAAUUUCCAGAAAUAGCGCCAUUUUAAAAAAUUACAUGAAUGGUACCCAACCCACACAAAUUACAAAAUAGCACCAUUUAUUGAAAACCGCAGGCCCAAGGUGCGGUUUGUUUAGAAACUGCAGGCUGAAAAAGCGGUUUGUUUUCAGUGCAAAAAUCGUUGCAGGGGAAGGCGGUCCAGUGGCUGACCUAGCAGAAACCGCUUGAUGAGGGAGAGUUCCUAGGUCUUCAACCUACAAGAGGUUUGCUUUGCCGACAGGCAAACCGCACCCCACUUCCGAUUUGUAUGUCGUCCAAAUUCCCCUACACCCGACAUGUUGCCAUGUAGGGGCUAUAGAGAUGUGGGUCUGCAUGGCAGUUGAAAACCGCUACCUCCCUCUGGUUUUCAAUCAAAAAUUUGCCGAUAAAAGGCAGCUCCGAGAACCUCAGUUCCUCACUGCUCUCGUUAUUCGUCUUCAAUUGUUUGUUGUGCACCCUACGUUUUAGAGUUUUUGCAAUUAAUGUUACUUCGUAAGUUUAUUUUGUAUUACUUUUAUUGUGAUUUGUGAUUUUUAUGGUAAUAACUGAAUUAUGGUUUGAUUGCAGAUGAGAUUCCAAAAGUUCACGCUUGGGUUACAGUGGAAUGGUUACACGGAAGAGGCCAAAAAGGGGGUAUGUUACGUCUGUGGUUAUUUUUCAUAAAAUUAUCGUCUCUACGAGACCGAUGCUUGAAGAGCUUCAUCAAAUGUGUACUGAGGUUACUGGCAUGGAUGGCACGAUAAGAGUAGAUCGUAUGGUGCAUUUAUCGAUAUCCAAACAGACAAUAGGGUUCAUUGUGGCAUGAGGAAUUUCUCAUAACCACUCAGGAUGAAGUAUAUGCCAUGGUCAAAUUUUAGAAAGACCAUAAUCUUUCCAAAGCAUAGAUGUUCGUUUGCACCAAAACGGUCGAAGGCGAUGGAGGUCAUUCUGCAGAUGGCCAAACAUCUAGUAUCCAUGGUGGAGGUGGAUUAUAUGAAGAUCAUCCCUACCACGCUUACCAUAAUCCCCAUUCCUACCAUAAGUACCAAGAAGGAGGUGAAGGUCAUCAACAAUCCUUUCCAUCAUAUGACGAAGAAGUCCAACGGUACUAGGACGACCAACAAGAAGGCUACCAGUAACAACCCGAGUCAAUUUUCCAUUCAUGCGGCGAUAGUUUUCACAACUACCAUUACGGAGCUGAUGAAGGGCCUUUCAUGAUCUGGAUCAGAUGGAAGAUGUCCUGCCAGCACCAGUUAGCGACCCUUCCAAUGAAGAAGAAGAAGGCAAUGUCAAUGCAGACAACUUUGACCCUCUUGAAGGUACUGAUGAUUCAGGCCCAGAGUCAGAGUUAGACUCAAAUGAUGAUGAGGUGUCUCAUGACCAUGUACCUAUUUUGUACUACAAUUAUAGUCUAAAUGAGAAUUAGUAUGUCGACGCCGACAUGGAGCCACCAGAGGUGCCAAUAUGGGGUCCACUCACUAGGUUUAUGAAUUGCAAAAAAUUUGGUACAAAGAAGGAGGUGCGGCAUGCUAUUGAGAAUGAAGCAAUGACUCAGAGUUUUGAAUGGUGCACAACUCAUUCCAACGCGAAGAGGCUCAUAGUUAGAUGCCGAAAUCAACACGAGUGAUGCAAGGCUAGGAUCCAGGCCAUCAACAGCAAGAGAAUCGACCACAGGGUCAUAUCCCGUGCGGUGAACACUCACACAUGUGUGUCAUCCAUAACAUCCCAAGGCCAUCGACAGUUGAAAUCCAGGGUGUUUGUCGCGGCUAUCAAGCAUCUAAUUAAGCAACAACCCGAUCUGAAGGUGAAAGCAUCAUCGCCGACAUUUCUAGUCAUUAUGGAUAUAUUAUUAACUAUAAGAAGGCGUGGCAUGGAAAGCAGAAAGCCAUGGUCGCCGCCUUUGGUGACUAGGAAGAAUCAUAUGCAUUCCUUUCCAGAUUGAUUUUGGCAUUGGAGGCGUCUAACCCUUACACUGUUUUCUCCCCCGCUAUCAAGACGACGAGAUCCAGCUACCGAGCCCGGUAACAAACGUCAUUUCAAAUG